AGCCUUCCUCCCUGGAUGUGCAGGUGCUGGGCUACUCUGGAUUUUGCUGCAAAAGAAGAUCUAAGAACCUUUUUGAAGUUACCACCACAAGAAGCAAUCAUGCCUGGGGAAGGAGGGAAAACCGAUAUGGAGAGGAUCGGCCUCUUCAGUGAGAUGGAAUACAUUACCGUGGGAGAUAAAUAUGUGUCACCAUUUAAUCGACCCUUUAAUGAGGCUGCAAGCAAAAAUAGACAGAUGCUACCUGGGGGAUCGAAGGAAAUGUCCAGUCUCCAAGCAGGGUACUUUGACUCCCAGUUUACAAGGAUUUUUGAGGGGGAAGGCUAUGUGAAUCUGAAUCAAGUGAGAAGACGGUAUAUGAUGGCAGAAUCCAAAAAAAAUCUAGGCAAAGCCUUCAUCCCUAGUAGUGGAGAGAAAAAGCCAAGUGGAUUAGGAAGCUAUUAUGGAACAGUUGGUGGGCCUGUCCCAUUCUUCAGUGCACAGUUACGACCCAGGGACAAAUAUAAACCACCUGGGAAGAAUUUAUAUACCAACCCAGGGAAAAAAGGAACUGGAUAUGGCUAUGCCAAUGUUACCAUAGGCAAGCAGCUUUCACACUCUUCUGACUUAUACGAUGCAGCGAAACUGAAUUAUAAGAAAGAUAAUGAAGAACACCACCGGCUACUCAAAGGGUCACCUUUCAAGUUGAACCUUCACCCUAAGGACUAUUUUGAUAGUAACCCCUAUUUUCUAGAGACUCCUUUACCUCCAAUUAAAAGAGAAGAAAAGAAGGAAAACCUCUUAAAGCCUUUUAAGCCAUCCUCUCCUGGUAAAAAGGCUGGUGGCAUGAAGGCAGGGACAUUUGAACCUUACCCAUCACACUCAGCCGACCCUUACGUGGUCAAAGUGGGAAAGGUGAUUCCUGGGAAGGGGGAGAAGGUUUUCCAUCCACCAAAUGGACCAAAAAGCAGACCCAUGGAAAGCAUAAUGGCAUUAAAUGUCAAAAGGGCACUGAAUGUCAAGAACUACAAGACUGCCUCGGCAGACACACUGGGAAAGCAGUUAGUUUUUUAGCUCAUCUCAGUAACUCACUGGAAUACACAAUGUUAUGGAAUGCAUGAUUCCAUAGCAUUUAAAGGAAAUUUAUACAUGAGGCUCAACUGUAACAGUCUUCCUGAUUUUAAUGCUGUUUAAUAAAUAGUGUUGGCGA